AUGAAGAGCCGCAACUCCAAUGAAACCCACGUUCCGGAGCUCUACAGUGGUCUCACCAACGAGGGCUAUUCCCAGUACAAGAAAGACAACCUUGAGGCAUGGGAGCAAAUGGCCGAGCAAUGGGAGACCUUCCAAAGCCUCGAGGGCGCCGACGGCAAUGACAUGUUCAACCAGUGUCUCCUGCCUGUAGUCGCUGAGCUCGCCGGUCUGCGGACUGAGGACGAGCGACCGGUCAAGAAACUCGAGCAUUGGCGACCCGGUGAGCGGGUUCUGGACCUGGGCGCUGGCAGCGGCAUUGUCGCACGCAUGUUUGCAAAACAUGGCGCGCACGUGACCGCACUCGACAAUUCUCAGGCAAUGCUUGAGAAAGGCAGAGAACGAGCAACGAGGCAAAAUCUCUCUGGCCAGAUCACUUACGACUAUAUCGACUUGACGGACUACUCCAUCAUGGAGAAUUACAUGCGAGACAAGGAGUCAGUAUGCCGCCUACCAGCCUUUGCGCUCUUUGCUAACGGUCUGCGAAGACCAUAUGACAUUGUCACGAUCAGCACGACAGUGAAGUCAUUGCCAGAUAUCGAGCCGCUAGCCAAGGCUUUGCCACUGAUGCUCAAGCCUGAAGGACGAAUCGUUCUAGUAGAACUUCACCCUGCCUUCUCCAAACCCGCGGGACACCGCGGUAUGGAGAUCUUCGAGAACCCGAAGACUGGCAAGCAGCAACUCAGCACCUACAUCAAAGUGCCACAAUAUUUGAACAUCCCACCAACGAAGAGCGAAGCUGUGCGAGGCCAGCCAGAGCCACUGUGGUUCUUUCAUCGGCCGUUUUGGGCGCUCAUGGAUCCAUUCUUUCGGAACGGACUCGUGCUUGAUGCUAUGCGAGAGCCAGCUUUCAAGGGCGACCCAAUGCCAUCACAAGCUCAGAACUACCACAAUUUUCAACAGACGCCGAUGUUAGUAGCGAUCCGUUUGCGACAUGCGAAGUUCCUGUAA